AUGGCUUUUGACAAAAUUCCUCAACAAUAUGCACCUGCUUCCAAGGGAAUCACUCUCUACUCACUAGGUACUCCUAAUGGUGUCAAGAUCUCGGUUGCACUGUCGCUCCUUGGUCUGCCAUACAAGACUCAUACCGUUGACAUUUCCAAAAAUGUUCAAAAGGAGCCUUGGUUCUUGGAAAUCAACCCCAAUGGCCGUAUUCCAGCCAUUCUUGACAUUUCUGACGAUGGUAAGAUUGUCAAUGUCUGGGAGUCGGGUGCCAUUCUACUCUAUCUUAUUGAAAAGUAUGACAAAGACUACAAAAUUUCUUACCCCCGCGGCACUCCUGAGUACCUCCAAACAGUUGAGUGGCUUUUUUUCCAAAACGCAGGUGUCGGCCCGAUGCAGGGCCAAGCUAACCACUUCAAGGUCUUUGCUCCAGAGAAAAUUGAGUACGGCAUCAAGCGCUACACCGAAGAAACUCGAAGACUCUACUCAGUCCUAGAGAAGCAGCUCGAGGAUAAUAAUACGGGCUACCUGGUCGGUAACCACGUCUCUAUUGCUGAUAUCACCACCGUCGGUUGGGUUGGAAGCUCCUUUUCACUGGGCAUUGAUGUUUCCAAGGAAUUCCCAGCUAUUAACAAAUGGGUCCAGCGUGUUAUUGAUCUUCCUGGUGCUGCUGCAGGUUUCAAUGCUACUGGCACUUGGAGAGGUUUCACACUGGGACCCUGGAAGAACCCCGAUAAAUCCAAGUAG